AUUUUGAGACUGAUAUAUACAAAUUAUAAUAUCAAUGAACAUCUUAAAUUCUGUAUUUUUUCACUGAAUUAACAGUAAGUGAGAUUUUAAAAUAAAUUGUUUAUUCCAAUUUGCUUUAGAUAUACAAUGUAUUAUAUCUCUCAGCACCUGUAAGCUUCUUUCUUCUCCGUUUUCUUUUUAAUUUCAAAUGACUAUUUCUGUAUCCAAGAAUUUCAAAUAUGUGAUAGUAGCUUAGAUAAAAAUAAAUUAAGAAUGGUAUCAAUAAUAAAGCGAAGCAAUAACUAUAUACAAUGUACAUGCAUCAACGUUGUAGGGAAUAUCAUUUAAGAAUUUGAUAAUCGAUAUUGGCUUGUACAUGUUUUUAAUUUUUGUUAAACAGAAGGAAAUGAAGGCAUAUGAUUGCAUUGUUUGUCGGAAGAGGGUCAACCCAAGGGAUAGGCGACCAGUUCCAAAGGCGUCCAAGAAAAUAGUAUCAAAACUGAUAUGUCGUCAGGUUACAUCAGACGACCAAAUAUGUUCCAAGUGCCGCUUGAAGGCUUUACGUUCCAAAAAGCAGGCUACCACUUCCUCUGGAGACGAUCAAGAUAAACAGACCGUAACUGUAAAGGAAACCCUGAAGAGUCCACAGAAUAUUCAACUCAAUAUAAAGUCAACACCACGUAACAAUAAAAGAUGUGUAAUCUGUAAAAAGUCAAAAAAUCUCACCCGUGUAGGGUCAACUGCCAUUUCUCAAGCCUUUAUUGAUAAAGGCGUCUACAUAAACUCCCAAAGUCGUUGCUGCAGGGAACACAUGCAAAGGUCGUAUUUCACCACAGAUGCUCUAACAAAACUCUCAGCAACCAAGAAAAGUGAGUUUUUUUCAAGAACGGAUAUAACAGCGCUGAUGAAUGGUAUCCGAGAUAACGUGAAGGCAAAGGGACAUAUAGAUUUCGACAACCCAGCGGCUCUGUCUACGGAGGAAUACACCAACAUCACUGGCUUGUCCAAAGACCAGUUUCAUGACUUGGCAGGACAACUGACAUCAUCCGUAAGGAACAAUUCAAACCGCUCCUCCAGAACCUGCUUGGCUAUUUUCAUGGCAAAGAUGAAAACUGGAUUACCCAAUGCCAUCCUAGGGACAAUUUUCAACUUGAAUACUGCACAGGUUCAGAGAAUUAUUCCUCGCGUACGACAAUGCUUGAUGGAAACACUUGUGCCGACACACCUUGGAUUUGGCCAUUUAGCCCACAACGACUUUAUUGAAAAACACACGACGACAAUUGCCAAGGAGCUGUUUACGACAGGAAAAGAAGCCGUCCUUGUACUCGAUGGGACAUACCUAUACAUACAAAAGAGUAUGGACUACAAAUUCCAGAGGAUGUCCUACUCACUACAUAAGAACAGGCCAUUGGUAAAGCCUAUGAUGGUGGUAGGAACAGAUGGAUACAUCCUGAGUGUACUGGGUCCAUACCUGGCUGACUACGGCAACAACGACGCCAGCAUCACCAAGCAUGUACUGAACCACAACCUUGAAGAGAUUCGGACAUGGUUGAAGAAAGAUGACGUCUUCAUUGUUGACCGUGGGUUCAGAGACGCUGUGGAAUACUUGGAAAAGAUCGGAUUGAAGGUAGAAAUGCCCGCUUAUCUGGCCAAAGGGAAAAAACAACACACUACGGAAGAGUCCAACUUGUCCCGGUUGGUGACAAAGGUAAAUUGUUGA